UAUGUGUUUAUAUACGUACAGUAAAACAUAUAUGUUGUACACUACCGCAGUACAUACUGCGUGUUUUACACAUAGUAAUUCAAUUAUAAAAUUGUCAAAAAUGUGUUAUCGAUUUUCUUCAAAAUUUAUUACUAUCGUAAAUAAAUUUUAUUCCACCGUUUUUAUUCAACCAACUCAUAAAUUUACGGUCUUGCAACCUAAGUAUCCUGUACAUACGCAUAUAUUAAUAACACGGAGUUAUGUACAAAAUCCAUCUCAAGAAGUAAGUGAACAUUAUAAAAAAUUGUAUGAAGAAGAAUUAGACUCUCUCCUAAAGGAUCCGAAAUACAAAGCUAUGUAUGAUAAAUACAAUUUAGAAAUACAGUACACAAAAUAUGAGACAGAGAAAGUACCUAAAGAAUUAACUGCACGUAAUUGGUUACAUUUACUACAAACAUCAACAAAAAAUGAAAGAAGAUCAUAUAUAGAAUUUCUUUGGAAAUUGGAAAUGAAACAAGAAAAUGAUAAGCAGAAAAAGCUAUUAAGGAAGAAAGAAAAACUAGAGAUUCCUGUUGGAAGUAAUAUGUAUGGAUUAAGUAAAGAUACAUUCUUUUAUAGGAUACGUACACAAACAAUGAAUGACUUUUAUAAUGGCAGAUUAAUAAGUGCUAUGUUACAUGAACCUAUAAUAGUAUUUGACCUUGGAUAUGAACAAUAUAUGUCACCACAAGAGAGAGCGAAUUGUGCAAAACAACUAGGAUAUUCAUUCGCAACAAAUCGAAUGCACGAUAGUCCGUUUAAUGUAUAUUUUUGUAAUGCUAACAAGGAUGAUUAUGUUAUGAAGACGUUACAUACAAUAAUACCAUGUUUGUACAAUCCAGAAUUUCCAUUAAAUAUCACAUCAAAAUGCUAUUUAGAAACAUUUGAUAAAAAUAAAUUAGUAUAUCUUACCCCUCAUGUUAACACAGUUUUAAAAAACUAUGAUGCUGAUUUAAUAUAUAUAAUUGGUGCAAUGGUAGAUAAGAGGUCGCCUAAACCAAUUUCAUAUCAAAAAGCUAAGGAACAAGGUAUUAAAAUGAUGAAGUUGCCUUUAAGUGAAAAAUUAGAAUGGGGUUCAGGAUCUAGAAAAAAUCUUCCUAUCAAUCAUGUUCUUUCUAUCAUGUUAGAUUUGAAAUAUACAAAGAAUUGGGAUGUGGCAAUGCAAAAUAUACCUAAACGAAAAUUACAAAAAGCAAGGACAGAUUUACAGCUAAAAAAGCUGUUAAAAAAUUCAAGAAAUUUAGAAUGCUUUUAUAGAAGUAAAACUUCAAACUUAACAAAUAAAAAAUGAUGUUCCUUACAUAUUUGAAAUCAAAUAAAGUUGUAAAUAUAAA